AGAGAAGAGUGAGCCUUUUUGUUUUCGGGAUGGCCAGGUGGAGUGUGUGGCGCAGCCCUGUGAUGCUGACAACAACAGGUGUGCGCUGCAGCAGCAGUAUGCCGGUGGUCAGACAUGUGUACUCAGAGAGCAGCAGCAUUGUCAGGCCUUUCAAUGAAAUUCCUGGACUGUGGAAGAACGGGGUGGCUAACUUGUACAAUUUUUGGAAACUGGAUGGCUUCAGAAAUCUUCACCGCAUCAUGUUGCAGAACUUCAACACUUUUGGGCCCAUUUACAGAGAAAAAAUAGGUUAUUAUGAAAGUGUAAAUAUCAUCAACCCUGAAGAUGCUGCUAUCCUGUUCAAAGCGGAGGGCCAUUAUCCUAAAAGGCUGAAAGUUGAAGCCUGGACGUCAUACAGAGACUUCAGGAAUCGCAAAUAUGGAGUUUUACUGAAGAAUGGAGAAGACUGGAGAUCAAACCGUGUGAUCCUCAACAAGGAGGUGAUUUCCCCAAAGGUGCUGGAAAACUUUGUGCCUUUGCUGGAUGAAGUGGGGGAGGAUUUUGUGGCCAGAGUUCACAAAAAGAUAACGCGAAGUGGCCAGAACAAAUGGACCACUGACCUUUCUCAAGAACUCUUUAAAUAUGCAUUAGAGUCGGUGAGCUCAGUGCUGUAUGGGGAACGCUUGGGUUUGAUGUUGGACUACAUUGACCCUGAAGCUCAACAUUUCAUUAACUGCAUCACCGUCAUGUUCAAGACUACCUCACCCAUGCUUUACAUACCUCCUGGGCUGUUGAGGCAGAUUGGAGCAAAGGUGUGGCGGGACCAUGUGGAUGCUUGGGAUGGGAUCUUUAACCAAGCGGACCGCUGCAUCCAUAACAUCUACAGGCAGUUACGGCAGGAGACUGGAACUCCAAAGAAAUACCCAGGAGUCCUGGCUAGCCUGCUCAUGCUUGACAAGCUGUCCAUUGAAGACAUCAAGGCUAGCAUCACUGAGCUAAUGGCUGGAGGAGUAGAUACAACUUCUAUAACGCUGCUGUGGACAUUAUAUGAACUAGCUAGGCACCCCAACCUCCAGGAGGAGCUGAGGGCCGAAGUGGCCGCAGCUCGGGCUGAAAGCCAGGGUGACAUGUUGGAGAUGCUGAAGCGGAUUCCUCUUGUUAAAGGAGCUUUGAAGGAAACACUGAGGUUACACCCGGUUGCAGUGAGCUUGCAAAGAUACAUAGCAGAAGAUAUAAUUAUUCAAAACUACCACAUCCCAGCUGGGACUCUGGUCCAGUUAGGGCUGUAUGCAAUGGGCAGAGACCCCCAGGUGUUUUUUCGUCCAGAGCACUAUCAGCCUUCCCGCUGGCUGAGGACAGAGACGCACUACUUCAGGAGCCUGGGCUUUGGAUUCGGCCCCCGUCAGUGUUUAGGACGCAGAAUAGCUGAGGCUGAGAUGCAAAUCUUCCUUAUCCAUAUGCUUGAGAACUUCAGAGUGGAGAAACAGCGCAAUGUAGAAGUGCAGAGUACCUUUGAGCUCAUUCUCUUACCAGAAAAGCCUAUAAUAUUGACUUUGAAGCCUCUACAUACUAGUCGGUAACACCAACUUCGAGAGAAAACUGUGGUGCAUUGUAAGUCGAAGGCUGGUUUCUAUAGCCGUUUAUCACAGUUCUUGUAAAGAGCUUCACAAAGCACCGAAACAUAAACCCAAAAUGAACUCUUCCAACCAUAGCCAGAGAGCAAGAAAAAAACAUUAGGAAAGAAAAACCUAAAAAUGUGCAUGAACAAAUUACCUCAGUAAUUAUAUGUACUGUAUAUUACUUACUUAGUCAUGAUGGAAAUGUGUAGGCUGUGUGUGUGUACAAUAUACUGAAAAACCUAGAAUGUACAGAACCUUUAUUCCAAAAGUAUAUUAAAAUACUAUCUAUAAACCAGUGAUGAAUA